AUGUUUUACAUGUUCAUCUGCGGCAGAAGAAGCCUUAGCCGACAGUCGACUUGGAAAAGAAGCAGAUUGAUAGGCAAAGACAGCAGGAAGAGAAACCCUUAUGCAGAGGGCGGGUUGGACAAAUUCCACAAGCUUUUAGGUGAUGUUGAGGAAGAGAAGCAGCAGAUUUACAGGCAGAUUGGGGCAGAGAACAUAUCUUUUGUGCGAUUCAUCUAUUCCGACAGCUUCAAGCAUGUAAGGCCAAUCGUUGUGAGAGUGAAGAACAACCUCAAACUUGGUCCCAGCAAUAACUCGGAUGAAGAAAUAGGUGAUGAAACAGAAGAAGAGGAGGUGGUGAUGAUGAAGAUGAGAUGGCAUGAAAGCAGCUGGUUGUGUAUUGGUGUGAUGAUUGUGUUGGUUUUGGUGUUGGUAGCGAUAUAUGGAAGAUCCUUCGCCAUUCUGUGCGCCACUGUUAUGUGGUAUUUGUUUCCUCUCAUCUCAUCAUCAUCAAUUCAUCACAAAAAUACUCCAAAUGUGGGGAAAUGUUAA